UGUGACAGGAAGUUAAAUUUGACAAGUGUUAAAGCCACACAUUUCUACAAAGACGUGAGUUUGCAGUAUAAGAAACAUAUUUACUGUGAUCUAUCACUGAGGACAAAGCAGUUCUGAGGAGUAAAACGGUUAUACAUAACAUCAAUAUUAGCAUAUCUAGAAGGGAAAUUUAUUCAAGAAAUAUGAAUGGAUUAUUAAUUAAGAUGCUGCAAUAUAUGCUCAGACUGUUCUCAUUACUAUCUGUGAUUGAUGUACUUCAGGCAUUACAAGUUUUCCCAAACAAAUUUGUUCUUGGCAAUUUCACCAAGAAUGUUACACUGACAUGUAACACAACCUUCUCAGAUAUAGUUUGGAAAUCUGGUGAUGAUCUAGAGCCAAUCAUAAAUGAAGCAAACAAAAAACUUCAUGGGAAUAAUCUAACACUGAUUAGUGUAGAUCAACCUGAUGCAGGAAAUUAUACUUGCUGGAACGGUAACAACCUGCUUGAUCACCAUUUCCUGGUGAUUCAGGAUGAUGAAAAUGAGAAUGUUUUCUCUACCACUAAAGAUGACCCCAAUAAACGAUCAAUAAAUUGCUGGGCAUCUUCAUACAAUUGCAGUUUUACCUGUACAUGGGCAACAAUCCAUCCAGCAGUGUUCCGUGCUAAAAUUACAAGAAACCGUAAUAACAAGGAUGUUUGGCAUUACCUGGAUCCAGUUAAAUGUAAAGAAAACACAUUUCAGCAGACAUUCAGUUAUGUUAAUUAUUCACCAUAUGAAGAAGAAUAUGAACCACUUUUCCUGAAAAUAGAAGCCAUGACAGAGCAAUCCUAUAGCAUGAUUCAACAUCAGCUGUUCAUCCGUGACAUCAUUAAGCCAGAUGUUCCAGAUAACUUUAAAGUUAAGAAAACAGGAAGUAAAACUAAUGUCUCUUGGACAUACCCUUCCACUUGGACACGCCCUUUUUCUUACUUUCCACUGACUUCUGAGGUUGAAUGCAUGCAGAAGAAGAAAGACAAUGAAAUCAUGACUUUCAAAUAUGAAUCUGGAACAGCACACAUCAUCUCUGAAGAUGUUCAGAAAUGCCGUCUUCAUAUUCGGGACAGCUAUUAUAACUCACACUGGAGCAACUGGACCCCCUGGGAAAAAGUAUCUACAAGUUACAUGAGUGUUCAAUAAUUUGACUUUCAGUUCACUUUUUAUUUAAUAAGAUCACAGUCUCUUUGAAGCUAAGUCACUACAUUCUGUACCUUCCUCAAUGAUUUAAGCUAAUAACUGCCUCUUUUGUUUUAAAAUGGUGGGUUAAAUGAAAAGUGUCUGACUUUGAUUUUCCACUUGAGAUAUGACAUUGAUCUAAAGGUUAUCUAGUACCAAAUGAGACUGACACAUGCUAGAGGGAAGAAAAAUGAUAUUUCAAAAAUUACAUUUUGUAUGCCUCAACAUAUGUCAGCAUUUAAUUGGGAUACACAGUUUAGAAAAUACCGCUUUUUGUCUGCAGGUAUACCUUAAUGUCCAGUUUUCUUCUAGAAGUGCUCAUAACCACCUGUGCUUAAAAGGUACUGAAACAAUGGUGGCCUAAAUGAGUAGUAUUCCAAAAUAACUGCAAAAAAUGGCGAUAUACAUUUGUGCAUUUUAACUCCUCUGAUAAUAAGGAGAACAUCUAGUCAUACUGGGAACCACUCGGUUAUCACAACCUGAUCUAGAAAACCAGAUGUACAGAGUACACAGUGCAAAAAAAAAUCAUAAUUCCUAUUAUCUUUAAAAUUAAAAGAGAUGAUGCUCAAUGAAAUGCCAUUAGCCAUUAUGAAUAUAUGUAUAUACACACAUGCAUGCACG